AAUACAUGUAGACGCCCUCUUAAUUCGGUAAGUUUUCUUGGGCAAAUACCGUAUUUUUCGGUCGAGGAUUCUAUCAUUUGUCUGAGGUUUGACUCGUUUAUUACCACUAUGCAUCACUUACAGUAGCUAUUCAAGAGUCAGAACUGUUAUUAAAAGUCACUGACCACGAGCAAGGCCAUACAGCCGACUUGCCCACCCACCACAUCAACACCGUGAACUGCUCAGGCAGCUGAGAGUAGUGUAUCUUGAAUCAAAGCAGAGCGGAAGGAUGUCAUUUGGCCGUGGAGACUUUGGUGGGGGAGAGUACAGAGACGAGGGUUUCUCAACUUACACCUCAGGCUCUGCAGGGAGGAACAGCUCUGCAGCAGAUCAGACUAGACUGGUGCAGGGCAUUGGCUCUAACAUACAGAAGAUCUCCCAGAAUGUGAAAGAAAUUGAGCGGAUUAUUCCCAGACUUGGAACGCCAGAUGACAACAAGAGUGUCAGAGGGAAGCUUGAUGAGUUGCAGCAUUACACCAACCAAUUAGCCAAAGACACAAACCGUAUGCUGAAGGAGUUGAAUAAUGCACCGCCUCCCAUAUCCUCAUCAGACCAGAGGCAGCAGAAGUUGCAAAGGGAACGGUUCACCAACGACUUCACUGCAGCCCUCAACCAAUUUCAGAGAGUCCAACGAGAAGCAGCUCAGAAGGAACGUGAGGGGGUCAGGCGUGUCCGUGCCAACUCAGGACUCGGGGAGGACUAUGAUGAGGGACCAAAUGCACUCAUCAAUUGGGAAGGUGGUGGUUCCCAGCCCCCAGCGAUGCAGCAGAGUCAAAUGCAGCAGGAGGACUUUGAAGCUUUGAAGGAGAGAGAGGCUCAACUCCGUAAACUGGAGUCCGACAUCGUCGAUGUGAAUACCAUCUUCAAAGACUUGGCAACGAUGGUUCAUGAACAAGGGGACAUGAUCGACAGCAUAGAAGCAAACGUUGACUCGGCAGAAGUCCAUGUCGAGCAAGCCAACACACAGCUUAUGAAAGCCAAGGAUUAUCAGGGCAAAGCUCGGCGCAAGAAGAUCAUUAUCGUCAUUGUCUGUCUCAUUCUGUUGGCAAUCCUCGGCGUCAUAAUCUACUUUGCCAUUCCUAAGAACUAAUCUUGACUCAACUGGUGCCACACACAAUGUGUGUACAUUGGUAACAAUGGCGCACAAUAUUGGUAAUAAAUAAAACUAGCCUUUUCGUCGCUUUGUCUUUUUUGUACUUUUUGUUUUUGUUUUAAUUGAUACACCUACUUGAAAAUGUAAAAUAUUCCAGCGAAUUAGAUCGUAUAAUCUCAUUGGGAACUGUACCAUGGUGAGGCAAUACAUUUCUUUAAGAGUGAGAAACAAGAUUGUCAACUCUCGCAGCAGGUUGGCAAACCUAAAUAGCUGUAAUUUUUCAAAGAUGUUCCUGCUGUACAUAAUAAAAUUCACAUGUUUUUCCUUCUUGUAAUCCUGUCAGAAUGGGAACAGGAGUUGUAAAACUGUUGUAAAUAUUAAUUAAACUGUUGGGGUAUUAAAUUUCCUGUAGAGUGUUUGUAACACAGUGUAGCAGAAACGUAUUCUGAAUUCAUUAUGAUAGGACCAGUACAUGGUUCUCAGUAGAGUAGAAAGGUUCAGAAAGUCAAAAUAUGAAUACGUGUACCUGUCAUUUAUUAAUAGUAAACCCCUAAGUCAACAGCGCACCCGUACAGAGUCUUGUUUGUCUAACCUUCAGUACUCGUUGAACCCCCCCUCCCUUCAUUUUCGCUGGGAUAAUCGCUUACGCCACGCCUCUGAAGUGACACAAAUGCCUUCCAUGACGGUGCAUGUCGUGUGCAAUUUUGCGUACUCGCCUGCGACGCCACCUGACCCCACUUGGAAAGGCUAAGUGUCCUUGAAGACACAAGAAUCCAUAAGACAAAGUACAGUACCGCUACAUGUAUAUGUCGUACCGUAGUCAACCGAAUGAAGCGAAUGUACAUGUAAUGUUCUACAUGUAAAAUGCAUGCCACAUCUGUCCAUGUGUAUACUUGUGUUAAUUACGUGUAGAUGUACAUGUUUCUCUGUUCCAUUCCCCUUGCUUUUUUGUUGUAUGAAGUCAUCAUUCCCGUGAGCGAUAACCAAUAGGUUAUAUUUAUAUUCUCAGUUAAAAAUGUAGAUAGGCCUACUGUGAAAUUUCGUAUAUCAAGAGCGUUGUAGUGCAGCGUGGAAUAUAUAGUAACUUGAAACGUGUCCUGUAUUUCUCAAAAGAAGUAGCGCAGAUGAAAAAUGUAUAAAGAUCUGUAAAGUAUGUAAUUUUGUAAGGACAGGUGUAGUGGUUUCAUACAAAAUAUUCUUUUACUAGAAACAUUUCCGGUAUGCUUGGAAAGUCAUCUGAUUCUCGUCGUUUGGAAGGAAGCUUGUAUGAUUCGAUAUCCUGUUGAUAAAACAUGCCCCAUAAAGAUAUGUUUACAGUUUGAUAAGGUAGAAUAUACGUGCUCAUUUGCAUGUACAUGAAUGUAUUUAUUCACGUAUGUUUUUGCAAACUAGUUCAGGGUUUUUGGUAACCCUCGCUGUUGAACUUGCUUGUUUAGUACUCGGCUAGAAAAUAUCUGUGUUCGCGGAAAUGUGAAGUAAAUUAUUUUGGCGGGAAUUCUGCUUUCUCCCGACGCACUUACACAGAGGCAUUAUCCACAGUCUAUAAGAUCCAUGUUCACGAGGAAAGCUCUUGUAAUGGGAGACUUUGGGACGCUGGUGGCAGCAGACAUACUGGUCCUUUUUCACAGUUCAUGUAUUGCGCGUGCUCAGAAAUAUGGACGCAUGCUCAGAACAACGCGCUUAUACUCAAAACGGGUAAAAAGGACUGGUAUGUUUGCCGCCACCAAAUGUGUCAAAGUCUGCCAUCGGUUCGGUCAAAUUUUGAAAGGUAUAAAACAUUUUUUGCUUUGUAAAUCACCCAAUGAAGGGACAUGGUGAACUCGGCACAGCGCCCUCUAUGGCCAAUUAUUAAUCCCAGCGUCAGAGUGUAGAGUUGAUAACAAUAUCCAACAAAUUUUGCAACAAUCGAGGGAAAACUGAAACGAAUUAAUACACAAGGAUCGCUCUCGCCUCUAAUUACUCUAAUAGGAUCAAUGCACUCGCGUAAGCAAUGUAAUAUGAGUAAUAAAGAGACACAUGAGAUUAUU